CAAGCCUCCCGGGGGACCCGGGCCGAAGAGUAUAAAGUGUGGCUGUGCGAAGGGCCGGGGCAGCCUUUCGGAGCCCCAGUGAGCACCUGUCAGCAGCCGUGAGCACGUACCCCUAGACAUGAAGGCCCUGCUCCUGGCCGUCGGCCUCGGCCUCAUCACCGUCCUCCAGGCCCAGGAUCCCCCAGCCUCGGGCGAGGACACGACGGCCAUGUCAGGAAAAUGGUACCUGAAGGCCAUGAUCACAGACCGAGAGACAUCCCAGAAGAAGCCGGAGUUGGUGACUCCCAUGAUCCUCACGGUUCUGGAGGGGGGCAACCUGAAAGCUGAGACCACCUUGCUGAUAAAUGGUCAGUGCAAGGAGGUGGAACUGAUCCUGGAGAAAACCUCUGAGCCCAACAAAUACAUGGCCUACGGGGGUAAGCGUGUCGUGUACAUCAAGCCAACAGAGGUGAAGGACCACUACAUUCUCUACUGUGAGGGCGAGAUCCAGGGGAAGCAGGUCCGAAUGGCAAAGCUUGUGGGAAGAGAUCCUGAGAGCAACGAGGAGGCCUUGGAGAAUUUUCAGGAGUUCUUAAGAGACAAAGGAUUCAACCAGGAGAUCUUCUUUCCCAAACAAAGCGACACCUGCCCUCCCGGGACAGAUCAGGGUAAGUGAGCGGCUGCAGAGGACGCCUGCGAAAACCACCUUGUUGCUGGGGGGAUUUCAAGAGGCCAUCUGGUCUGCCCCCCACCCUGGAUCCCCCCUCCCAGGCCAGGCAAGGGGACUCC